AUGACACUUUUUGACCCAUACGAGUUUGGAUUCCACCCGUCAGAAGGGAAUUCGGAGAUGGAUCAUCAAGUUUGGCUCAACACGGGGGAGGAGGAGACAACUAUGCUGCCCCAUAUUAUGGGUAUCCCAAUAUCGACCCUCAAUUCCAAUUCCCGCAGCAAAGCUUCCAGUCUCCGAUGGUCCAUGUCAACUAUUCUCCUCCAACCAUUGCAACCCCACCUCCACUGCCUCGACAUACUCCAAUUGGACAUGGAGUUCGUGCAAGGAAUAGAACUCGAAGAGAGGGACGCGGACGUGGUGCACAAGAGUGAGCGGAGUGAUUUUUAG